AUUUCGGUAUGAUUGUAUCUCUGCAGUUUGGAAAUUAUGUUUAUACAUUGGUGAACUAAGCCUGAUUCACUUAAGUUGUGCCAAAGGUCGACUAACAUAGUUUACGUCAACAAAUCUACCUGCUCAUUACAAAGGAGCUUCAUCGGAUUAGAUAGAUAAAAUAUGAGACUGUCAUUUGGGCUGCAUAUACAAAUGAUCAAAGGUCAGAUGGUAGUUUGACGUUGUUCAUCAAUGAAAUAGCAGUUACUUUGAACAUCAAUAACCAGGGUUCGGUGGACUUGCUGACUUCAGCAGGUGACUACAUUUUGCUUAUUGAAGCUCUCAAAGAAGCCCUGUUCCUAAUGGAGGUUUUCAAGUUCUUUGGAACAAAUGAUAAUCGUCUAAUCAUUGAUUCUGAGAAGAAUUCGGCUAUCAACCUGGCUAACCCUAUCACGAAUCACAGAAGUCCCCAGCAUAUUUCAACCAAUAUUCAAUUUUUAAACCGUUUUGCAGUUUAUUUACUACUUUUGCAACAUUGGCUACCGAUUAUAUAUUUGCAAAUAUAAUGACCAAGAAGCUGAGCGCCGCAGUGUUCACAGAAUUCAAUCAUUUCUUUGUACGAAUGAAUCGUCUCUUGAUUUCGUAUUGUUGAUUGCAUUUUUCGGGUUCUAUGUCAGUACUAUAUUUUCAU